AAUUGAAAUAUAUCUAUUGUCCAGGAUCCAGAUUUCCACCAAUCAAAAUUUCCGACUCUCUUGUAGUCUACAAGUAGGCGCGUAUAUAGGUGUGAAGUGUUCGAUCAUGAAGAUAUAAUAUACACAUACGUAUUUACAAAAAUUUUCAACUUGGAUUACUGUGAAAUUGUCAAAUCUUCAAGAUUCACGCUAAACACUUAAAUUCACCGCUCGAACAGCAGACGUUUUAGUACUUGACGUACCUGUUCUCAGUAACAGUUUGCACGACGAAAAUGUACUCCAUUGGUAGCAGUAAUACGCACACCGGAACGCCGAAGUUUACCACUCACGCUGCGGGUCAUAUAUUGAAACAUGAUUCAACGUCCGCUCUUCACCGCCAUGAUGACACCAACCAUCCGUUACUUAACGAAUUGAACAUCAACAUGUGCAAUGAAAUUAAACGACUUGUAAAAAAUACAUUUCCCAUAUGCAACGUCAGAAAAAUACACCAAGUCUACGUUCCGGAGAUGUACGGUAUGUAUAUGCUACGCAAGGAAGAAAUUAAAUUGGACGUUGGUCAAUUUGUUCAGGAAAAAUUGCUGUACCACGUGACCACUGAGUCCAGAGCCAUAGAGUCGCUGAGCAGCGGACUCGACUGGAGACGCACCCGCCGCAACAAAUUUGGUUGCGGUGUUUCGUUCAGUGACGACGCCGAUUACGCUAAUUAUUAUGCCGACAAAUUCUCCAACGAAGACACACGAGUAAUCAUGAUAUGUUCCGUGCUAGUAAAAGAAACGUAUGUGGUUCCUAGACAAUACCAAGGAAGGACCUUGGUUACACCACCCGUCAAUUUCGACACGACAAUGAGCUAUAACGGCCGCGUGUUUGUAAAGUACAACGAUAAUGAAUUUUAUCCACUGUACUUUGUGUACUACCGGCAAAGACCUGAAUACUGGACCAGGAGCAAAUACCACCCUGCUAACAGUCGCCCAGUGACGGCAAGGUUGAAUUUAAAUGAUUUGCUAGAUGCUAUGAAUAUCUAUGACGACAUAUAUCAGUGGUGUACUACGAUGUUACCGACGACGAAGACAAUGUACCGGGACAGGAACAGGUCUAACUUCGGGUCGUCGAGACUUACCGCUCACGCUACUCAACAAUUACAACGGCGGCAUAAUAAGUCGACAUCCAGGAGUUAUGAGACCGGCGGUCAGCUGUUGAAUGAUUUGAGUCACGAAGAAUACAAACGCCUCAAAUGCCAAGUCUACGACACAUUUCCUAUGUGCAACAUCAAUCUGAUACACCGAGUUAACGCUCCGCAAAUGUACGGCAUGUACUUAUUGCGUAAAGAAGAAAUGAAGUUGACUUCCGGAAACUUAGUCCAGGAAAUUAUUCUAUAUCACGUGACUUCUAAAACUAGGGCAAUAAAAUCGUUGAAAAGUGGACUUGACUGGCGGUGCACCCGGCGUUCCAAGUUUGGUUGCGGUGUGUCAUUCAGCGAUGACGCUGAUUACGCCAACUACUAUGCCGACAAAUUCUCUGGAGAAGCCAGUCGAGUAAUCAUUGUGUGUACCGUACUGGUGAGUAAAUCGCAUCCUGUGUCCGGGAAACGCAACGAAGAGGAUUUGAUCGUACCACCCGGCACUGCUGAUACGACGAUGAGCACAAACCGACGCGUGUAUGUCAAGUACAACGACUAUGAUUUCUACCCGCUGUACCUUAUGUACUACCAGUGGACACAAGAACUCAUAAACGAAAGUAAAUAUUUACCCAACAACUCCCAUAAUAGAAGGAGACAAAACCACUGGGUGAUGCAGAAGGAAGAGCAAGAUCGGGCACAACGUCAGCAAGAACUGCAGGAGCAGCAUUAUUUAGAGCAGCAAGAACAGGCACGUCGCCGUCAACUACAGCUGGAGCAGGCACGUCGCCGUCAACUACAGCUGGAGCAGGAACGCCAGCGUCAACUACAGCUGGAGCAGGCACGUCGCCGUCAACUACAGCUGGAGCAGGAACGUCAUCAACAAGAUCAGACACGGAAUCACGAAAGCAAAAACAGCUGUCUAAUCCUCUGAUGAUCAUGUCAUAUUAUUUUACUUUUUAAUUGUGACUGCAUAGAUAACCUAUAGUCUAUAUUAUCCGCUUAAUAAUUAUACACUUUUUUUAUUUUUUUUAAUCCCGCUCAUAAUUUCAUAUUUCAUACGGGCCGUCAUAACGACAUAACUAUACUAACUAUACGUUUUACCCCGUCAACGAUUUCUGCCAAUAACCAUAUGUUAAAGGUGGUGUAUUAUUACGCGCGAUUAAUAUUUUGACAAGGAAAUUAAAAUAAACAUAGUCCAAAGUUCUCAAUCAUCUCAUUUUACUUACACACGUACACAUAAGGAUUUUUCAUUCCGUUCUUAUACCAGCUAAUUACUUAUUUAUAAAUAAAUGGACGAAAUAGUUUUUGUUUAGUUUAUUUUUUUUAUAAUUUAUUGUUAAAACUUUAAAGAUGCUAGAAUGCAACCGACGAUCAGUAUUAAAAAUUAAGAAACAAUUUUAAAGCAUACACAAUUUGCUAAGAAUUAUUUUUCGAAUUAAACGAUUUCAUUUAAACUUACCUAAGAUUAUGUUACUAUAUCCAUUAUUCGUUAUUUAGGCUGUGACACGUUAAUAAAUUACUAUCUAGUACCUACCUAGCUAAAUUAUGGUUAAAAGUCGUUUGCGCACAUUUAUCUUUUUUACAACUUCUCACUUUAAU